AUGGCUGCAGCAGCUCCUGUUGCAAUAGGCACAAGGGGAACCGUAGGAUCACUCCUCAAGAAGGAAAUUGAGUACUUUACCAAGUUUGAGUUAGAGGGACAAGGGAGCUCCUGGAAACCUCGCGGACAAAUAGUGGAAAUGGAAAUGGAUUGCAGAAACGGCCAUUCAAGGCCUAGUUUCUGGUUAUUGAUUACUGGCUGGAAAAGGAAGAAGCGAAGAGGCGGCAGCGGAUUCCUACCAAGUAUCUGUUCUGCUACAGAAGUUGCAGAUAAGAAUCAACUAUACAGGAUUCCUGGUUUCAAUUACAGGAUCCUUAAAAACGAUGUGCAUAACUUUCAUAUUUAG